ACGCAUAGACCUUAAAGCCUUUUGCCUCAACCAACCAUCCUCUCUCAUUUCCCAUGAACAGAUAAGCCCUGCUUUGCACACGCAUGUACACACCUACACACACACCCCCACACAGUAUGCAAUAUUCAUUCAUUUAUUUUGUGGAGAGAAACGUCCAUUGGCUGUGUGGCUUAGUUGUUUAGAGCUUGAUUGUAACUACUAUUUAAUGAUCGGGUUUCAUUGGCCAGUUGCCCUGUCACAUGCAAGUCUGAGCGCAUGUGUUCACUACAUGAACAAACCCUAUGGAAAAUAACUCGUGACAUGUGUGCAUACUUCUGCAGCUUGAGUGAAGAGAGAGAGAGACGAAAAGAAAAGUGAAGCGAGUCGGAUGAGUGAAAAAAAAGGACAGAAAAGUAACAAUAUGAUAGGGGAAAUGUACAUGAAACAGGGGCACAUCAACUUGUGUUUUUACAUAUCAAAUAUCAAAUUGUCAUUGCAAUAUUCAUAAUGAAUAUUGCAUUUUGUCAAUAUUGUGCAACCCUACAUCCUACAGUACAAAGCUUUGACGACUUCAUUCACAGGUUAGGAGGAGGUUCCUUCAAGAAAUCCCUUCAUUGUGGCCAAACAUAUUUGUACAAACUGAACAUUGCACACAUGUGUAUGUGGCAAUGGAGCAGCGGAUAAGACACAUGCCCUGGGGUGGGUUCGAUUCCCACUUUGGCACAUCCACCUUGCCAUCCACUUACCACUAGUUGCUCCAGAGGCAUGCAACCUCUGACGUAUAUAGCAAUCGUAAGUCGCUCUGAAUAAAAGCAUCAGCUAAAUGAGUAAAUGUAAUGGUAAACAUCUCAUUCCAAAAAACGCCAACCUGGCUGCAGGGAUUUGCUCCCAUUUAGUCACAAGAAUAUUAGUGUGGUUAAGAACUGAGGUUGCGUGAUCAGACCUGGUUCGCAGUCGGGGUUGAAGUUCAUAGCAAAGGUGUUGAGGGUUGAGAUCAUAUCAAACUGGGAAAAACAUUUGCUAUGUGCAGGGGAGCAUGUUUAGUUUGAAACAGCAAAAGGGCCUUCCUCAAACUGUUGCCACAAUGUUGGAAGCACACUAUUGUCUUUCAUUUUUAUUAUAUCCUGCAGCAAUAAUAUUCUAAUAAUAAAGGGGCAUUGCACCAAUGUUAUAUAUAAAAGUAGACGUUUUAGUAACAGGGUACUACCCAGCCUGUGAAAACAAUUUUAUUAUGUUUUUUGAGGCUCAGGAGGAGCAUUCUUGUCUCAGUGGGCUAACAUGCAUUAGAAAAUAGGGUUGCGGCAUUUGAAAGAUGUGGGCGUUCACCAGGUGAGAUAGGUCAAAUGAAAGGCUUCGUCUAGUUGCAUUAUGGAAAGUGUAAAAUCCAGUAUUUUCUGAAGCUUGACCCACAGCAGAGAAAAUAAAAAGUCAACAUAUGUCACUACCUGUUGCAUCAACAGGCACAGUUGGAAAAGCACAGGUGUAAAUACUAAAAUUAAUCAUGGCUGAAUUCCAUUUAGCUCCUUCGGCUUCCUGGUAUUGUGCAUACUGUCACACUGUUUUGGCACUACUAAGAAACGGGAAUAGAACAGAGCCAUCUUUAAUGUUGUGGGUAACUUUAAUGUUGUGUGACUUUAACAAGUCAAAAUGUCUGCUGUGAUUGUGGCCUACUUUUUCCGGUCUUUCUACAAAGAAGUCUAGAAAGAAGCCUAGUCCAAACCAUGACAAUCAGCCACAGACUGAGUAUAAAAGCAGUAUGUGGACAUGGGUGUCCUACACAGUACACUCAGCAGCACUUCUGAAUGCGCAUGUGCAAAGAAACCAGCACGUCUUACUUUGACAGAAAAACAAACUGGCCUAGACUGCAUGAUUACACGCAGCAGUGAUGUCUUGCUGACAGUCGGGACUCCUAACACAAGUUAUAAUUCGGAUGCAUAUGACAUAAAUUAGCCACAUGAAGUUGCUUAAAUUCAGCUCAGUGUUUAACAAACAUUUGCUGUGGUGAUAUAGAGCUAACGUUAACGUUAGUUACAUUCUGAGAUCAAGUGGAAACUCGGAGCGGCGCACAAAGCUGGGGAUUGAAAUUGCAACUGCGUGCUCAAGCAACGACCUGUCGACAGCGUGUCCGCCAUCUUCGCCAAACGGUCUCAUCUGCUGCCUGGGAGACUGACAACUGCGUCACACGCUCUGAUGUCAUCACGCCCUGUAGUUCCAUUGAAUCACCAGCAGGUGUCGCCAAACGCCCAGAGAGCACACAUAGUAUUAAACUCAUGGUGAUCGCCGAGUGUGCUUCGCGGUCGCAGCCCGGCGUCGUGUUACCUUCCUCGGGGCACCAUGGGCUCGUAAGAUGCCUUCGCUGUGGAAACGGAUAACGUUCUCGGUGGCCUCGGUGCUCUGUGUCGGCUCGGUGGCUCUCCUGGUGGUGGCCCUGUCCACGGAGCGGUGGGUCACCGGACGGAUCCUGUGUAAAACCGGGGCGGAUAUAGUGAACGCGUCUCAUCCGGAGCUGGACCAGUUCAUCGGGGACAUAUACUACGGCUUGUUCCAGGGAGGAAAGGCCAAGAAGUGCGGGCUCGGCAGGAGGCACUCCAGAAUAUACAUUUUCCCAAAGCUUGUGCGGACGUUGAACGGCGGCCUUCACAUGAUGGUGAUCCUCUUUCUGCUGGUGGCAGUGGGCUUCGCGUUGGUCAGUCUGUCUUUCUGUAUUUACAACGCACGCAAGGUUCCUUACCAGAGCAUCAAAGGGCACAAAGGAAUCUACCUGUGGAACUUCAUUGCUGCUCUUUUUGGUUCCCUAGGUGUGUUGUGUUUCCUGGCAGCCUUGAGGCACCACAGACUGACUGAGCGGGUGGCUAAUUAUCAGGAGAAACUUUUUGUGCUGGUUGUCCUGGAUGACAGCCUAGACUGGUCUUUCUGGCUGGGUGUUGGCAGCGUUGCCACUCACUUUGCCGUCUGUGGGGUGGUUGCCCUGAGUCGGAUCAAACUGCCCAAACCGGAGAUCAAGAAACCUGAAGAACCCACUAUCUCUUCUCUAGACCUGCUCUACUGAAGGACCAACCAGGGAGAGUGAAACCAACACUGUGCCAGUGUCCCUUUCCUUUACGUGACUUUUAAGUUCAUUACAGCCUCAAUUUAGUCUAACGUUUAUGUAAAUCCUCAUAUGAAAAAUCUUUUCCCAGUGUUAAUAAAUGUUUGUCUGUGGCAAUUA